UCGUCAACUAUAUCCAAAUAACAAAGACAGAGAGUUCAUGAUUCAUAAACAAGCUUAGUUGCUGACAUAAUUAUAUUGGUAUACAAUUUCACAAGUAUUGCAAAUCCAUAUCUGAUGACUGCAACUGGAGACAGCUCCCCACCCAAAACGAUACAGAUCAAAGUGGUGGGAGAUGCAUGUGCGGGGAAGACGUCACUCAUCCAUAGAUAUGUCACAGGUGAAUUCAGCGAAUUAGUGAAAGCGACAGUGGGAGCUGAGUUUCACACAUCUAGUGCCAAAAUGGAUGGGGUGGAGUACCCGAUCCAGAUCUGGGAUAUCGCCGGCAGCUACCGCACUCACCAGAACGUAACAACUCAGUUUUUCAGGCGCAGUGACGCCGUCAUGAUAUGCUGCAACGCGUCUCAGGAGGACUACUUUCACAACGUAGUGGAUUGGAGAAACAUGGUGACAGACUUCGCGGGUCCAGAUGUCCCCUGUGUACUCACAAUGACCCAAAUUGACAGAUAUGUCCCCGAGAGGAACUGGCAGGCAGAGUUCCAGGGAAUCGCCCCUUUUGACGGCUUCUACCAGACGUCGGCAAAAGACGACGUCGGCGUAACGGAAGCUUUCCGAGAGCUGAUCAGAAUGUCAUUCACGUUUGUCACGACACGGAAGCCGACUUUCAGCAGAACUAGUGCGACAACUUCAAAUACAAUUACAGAAAGCAUCGACAUUAAAUCUCUAAGGGAAAACAAUAAGAAACCAUGUUGUAAAAAGCAAUAAAAGUGAAAAGUUAUAGUUUCAUCAACGUUUUGUUUGGAAAAAAAAACAAAAUUUAUCUCCAAUAGAAAAUCUGAAAUCGUA